AGGCGGCGCCAUUUUGUGCUCAGAGCCGCUACGGCCGCCGGCGGUGUGGGAAGUGGGUGGCGGGGGACGCGGAACCUGGGAUGGCGGAGACUCUGGCAGGGUCCGGCGAGUCGGGUUCUGGCACAGCCGCUGUGGGAUCGGGCGCCUCUGAGGCCGGGACGCGGCGGCUGAGCGACCUGCGGGUCAUCGACCUGCGGGCGGAGCUGAAGAAGCGGAACCUGGACACGGGCGGCAACAAGAGCGUCUUGAUGGAGCGGCUCAAGAAGGCGGUUAAGGAAGAAGGGCAGGAUCCUGAUGAAAUUGGUGUUGCACUGGAAGCCACAAGCAAGAGGACAGCAAAGAGGUGUAUUAAAGGACAAAAGAUGGAAGAAGAAGGUACAGAAGACAAUGGCCUGGAAGAAGAUUCCAGAGACGGGCAGGAGGAUAUGGAUGCAGGUUUAGAGAGCUUGCAGAACAUCGAUAUGAUGGAUGUUGGUGUGUUGGAAGAAAGUGAAGUUGAGAAUAGCAGUGCUCCCGACUUUGGGGAGGACGGUGCUGACAGCAUUCUCGGUUCCCUUUGUGAUAGCAAAGACUACGUGGCAGCACAACUGCAGGAGCUCCCGGCGCAGCUCACAGAGCAUGCUGUGGAUGGGGAGGGCUUCGAGAACACUUUGGAUGCUUCAUCAUUGGACUUCAAAGUACCUCCGGAUAUUGAAGAACCUCUAUUGGAGCCAGAAAAUGAGAAAAUACUCGACAUUUUGGGGGAAACUUGUAAAUCUGAGCCAGUAAAAGAAGAAGGUUCCGAGCUGGAGCAGCCCUUGGCACAGGAUACAAGUAGCGUGGGGCCAGACAGAAAGCUUGCGGAGGAAGAGGACCUUUUUGGCAGCGCCCAUCCGGAGGAGGGUGAUUUAGAUUUGGCCAGCGAGUCAACAGCACAAGCUCAGUCGAGCAGGGCAGACACCCUGUUAGCGGUAGUGAAAAGGGAGCCCGUGGAGCAGCCAGGCGAUGGCGCGCGGACGGACUGUGAGCCUGUAGGGCUAGAGAAGCCAGUUGAGCAGAGUAGUAAAGCCUCAGAGCACACGGAAGCCUCUAGCGAGGAGGCCGCGGAAGCGCCCCAGGAAGCCUCAAGCCCAGACCCCAGAGAUAGCAAAGAAGACGUGAAGAAGUUUGCUUUUGAAGCUUGUAAUGAAGUCCCUCCGGCUCCUAAAGAGUCCUCAGCCAGUGAGGGCGCUGAUCAGAAAAUGAGCUCUUUUAAGGAAGAAAAAGAUAUAAAGCCAAUCAUUAAAGACGAAAAAGCAGGUCGCACCAGCAGCAGUUCUGGCAGGAACCUGUGGGUCAGUGGACUGUCGUCCACCACUCGAGCCACCGAUCUGAAGAACCUCUUCAACAAGUAUGGGAAGGUUGUCGGGGCCAAAGUGGUGACCAAUGCCCGCAGUCCCGGCGCUCGGUGCUAUGGAUUUGUUACCAUGUCGACAUCUGAUGAGGCCACAAAGUGCAUCAGCCACCUCCACAGAACUGAGCUUCAUGGGAGAAUGAUCUCCGUAGAGAAGGCAAAAAAUGAACCUGCUGGAAAGAAGUUGUCUGACAGAAAGGAGUGUGAAGUGAAGAAGGAAAAAUUAUCUAGUGUUGACAGACAUCAUCCCGUGGAGAUCAAAAUUGAAAAAACCGUGAUUAAGAAGGAAGAGAAGAUGGAGAAAAAGGAGGAAAAAAAGCCUGAAGACAUUAAGAAGGAAGAAAAAGAUGAGGAUGAGCCGAAACCAGGACCUACAAAUCGGUCCAGAGUCACCAAAUCCGGAAGCAGAGGAAUGGAACGGACGGUCGUAAUGGAUAAAUCGAAAGGAGAGCCUGUCAUUAGCGUGAAAACCACAAGCAGGUCAAAAGAGAGAAGCUCCAAGAGUCAAGAUCGCAAAUCAGAAAGCAAAGAGAAGAGAGACAUCUUGUCAUUUGAUAAAAUCAAAGAGCAGAGAGAGCGUGAGCGCCAGAGGCAGCGGGAACGGGAGAUCCGAGAGACGGAGAGGCGGCGGGAGCGCGAGCAGCGGGAGCGGGAACAGCGCCUGGAGGCCUUCCACGAGCGGAAGGAGAAGGCGCGCCUGCAGCGGGAACGCCUGCAGCUUGAGUGCCAGCGGCAGCGCCUAGAGCGGGAGCGCAUGGAGCGGGAGCGGCUGGAGCGCGAGCGCAUGCGUGUGGAGCGGGAGCGCCGCAAGGAGCAGGAGCGCAUCCACCGUGAGCGCGAGGAGCUGCGGCGCCAGCAGGAGCAGCUGCGCUAUGAGCAGGAGCGGCGGCCGGUGCUGCGGAGGCCAUAUGACGAUGGGCGGCGAGAUGAUGCUUAUUGGCCAGAAGGCAAACGUGUGGCGAUGGAGGACAGAUACCGCCCAGACUUCCCUCGGCCUGAUCACCGCUUCCAUGACUUUGACCAUCGAGACCGAGGCCAGUACCAGGAUCAUGUGGCUGACAGGAUCCAGCUUCACUCCAACCCUCAGAGAGAAGGCUUUAGAUGCAAGCCAGCUUUUUUCCACAGGAGGGAAGGUUCAAGGUCAGUGAUGGGAGAGCGAGAUGGGCAACACUACUCAGACGACCGCCAUGGCCAUGGAGGACUGCCAGAGCGCCACAGCCGGGACUCCCGGGACGGCUGGGGGGGCUACGCCUCUGACAAGAGGAUGAGUGAGGGCCGGGGGCCGCCUCCUCCACCCAGGGGUGGACGUGACUGGACAGAGCAUAGUCAGAGGCUAGAGGAGCAUCAGGAGCGCGCAUGGCCAGGCUCAGUGGACACAGGCACGGCGGGCCGGGAGCACACGCGGUGGCAAGGUGGUGAGAGGGGCCUGUCUGGGCCCUCGGGGCCAGGACACCUGGCAAAUCGGGGCGGGAUGUCGGGGCGAGGCGGCUUUGCACAAGGCGGGCAUUCCCAGGGUCACAUGGUGCCCGGUGGCGGACUGGAAGGUGGAGGACUGGCCGGCCAGGACCGGGGCAGCAGAGUCCCGCACCCACACCCACACCCACACCCGUACCCCCACUUCACCCGCCGCUACUAAACCCCACUCACUCCGAGUGUCCAGGUAGGAAGAUGCACUGUUGAAUCUCAGCCAGAGUUACCUUGAACUUGUGGAACCUUUUAAGAAACAAAAGCAAAUCCUGCCACCAUGUUGUAGCUCAAUACAAUGUGAAUUCACUUUUUUUUUUUAAAUAAACGUGUUCUUUGCCAUUUUUAAGACAAGAUUUCUGUUAACGAGGCAUUCCAUUUUCCAUUAAUAAAAAUUUAUGGUUCGCA